AAAAAGAAGCAGCAUUAAACAGCUGUUUAAAGAAAACAUUCUUGCACAAUCCUCGAUUUAGUUAAUUUUUUUAAAAUUGCUUAUUUUUAAUUAAACAACAUGCGUCUAACCAAUAUUUUAUUGAAAAAAGUUAAAAGCAAGCGCAUCAUGGUCGUUGUGGAGAGUGUGGUAACUGGCCAUAAAUUCAAUACCGUGCGCGAUCGUUUGGCUGACAAAAUUGAAUUGGUGCGCUUUGAUCCCUUUAUUCAACAAGAUUGUGUUUAUCGUGAGCGCAAGAGGAUUCGUAGUGCCUAAGUUGGUUUUAUUUGUUAGCCAAACUUAUGUUUAUUAGUUUAACUAAAUAUUAAAAUGUUUUAAAAUAAA